CCAAUCUAGGGACCCCAUUGACACCUCCAAAAUUCGCCAAUUAGUUUUGACAAUCAUCGUCACCAAAGUUCCACUUUGCUUUCUCGAUGCGCAUGAAGCUUCAAAUGUGUUGGACUUGUUACUCUGCAUAAUUUGUCUUUUUGGAUCGCCGUCCACGUAGACCCACCACCACCAAUUGAAUUCCAUAUCUAAUGAACCUGGAGAAAAAAUUUAUUAUUUGUUUGUUGAUAAACAUGGCUUAUUUGUCAUUCUCUACCGACUCUGUCUUCCUCUUUACCCACUUUAUUAAUAAGUGACCUGCUCUGUCAUUUCAAGCCUAUCACUAAGCCCAUAAGAGAAGAAAAAAGAUCACAAAUCCUAUCAUUUGUCUAAGAAAAAAAAAAGUGUUUAUCAUAAGAGUAAGAGGAGGAAUCAAGAGGGUCACUUACCUUAAAGAAAAAGCAAAAUCCAGGAUGGUGCCACCAACAAUGAUGGAGAUGUGGACAACAAUGGGCUCAACAAUUGCGAGUUUCAUGUUUGUUUGGGCAAUCAUUAGGCAAUACUGCCCAUAUGAGGUUCGGCGUUACUUUGAGAAGUACACACACAGAAUCAUGGGGUUCUUUUAUCCCUACAUCAAGAUUUCAAUCCAUGAGUUUACCGGUGAUCGCCUCAAACGCAGUGAGGCUUAUGCAGCUGUUGAGGCCUACCUCAGUGUCAACUCAUCCAAGAGUGCUAAAAGACUCAAGGCCGAGAUGGGAAAAGAUAGCAGCAACUUGGUGCUUAGCAUGGAUGAGUAUGAAAGAGUAACUGAUGAGUUUCAUGGGGCGAAAGUUUGGUGGGUUUCCAGCAAAGUUGUGUCACCAACAAAGAGCAUGUCGUAUUAUUCGGAGCAGGAGAAGAGAUACUACAGGCUCACAUUUCAUAAGCGUUAUAGGGAGAUUAUAACUGAGACUUAUUUGGAGCAUGUUGUGAGAGAAGGGAAGGAAAUCAGGGUGAGAAACAGGCAGAGGAAGCUUUACACAAAUAGUCCUGGUUACAAAUGGCCGAGUUACAAGCAAACAAUGUGGAGUCACAUUGUGUUUGAGCAUCCUGCAACCUUUGAGACAAUGGCGUUGGAGCCGGAGAAGAAGCUGGAGAUUAUUGAAGAUCUUGUGACUUUCAGUAAAAGUAAAGAGUUUUAUGCAAGGAUUGGGAAGGCAUGGAAAAGAGGGUAUCUUCUCUAUGGUCCUCCAGGGACCGGCAAGUCUACUAUGAUUGCUGCAAUGGCGAAUUUGUUGAAUUAUGAUGUAUACGAUCUUGAGCUCACUGCAGUCAAGGACAAUACAGAGCUAAGGAAGCUUUUGAUUGAGACAACCAGUAAGUCAAUCAUUGUAAUUGAAGAUAUAGAUUGUUCACUUGAUCUAACAGGUCAGAGGAAGAAGAAAGCUGAGAAAUCUUCAGAAGAUGAUAAAGAAAAGAUUGAUAAGGAGGCUUCUCGGAGAGAACAGAGGGAAGAGAGCAAUAGCAAAGUUACACUUUCAGGGCUGCUGAAUUUUAUUGAUGGGCUCUGGUCUGCCUGUGGAGGAGAGAGGUUGAUUGUGUUCACUACAAACUAUGUGGAGAAGCUUGAUCCGGCAUUGAUAAGAAGAGGAAGGAUGGAUAAACACAUUGAGCUUUCUUAUUGCAGUUUCAAGGGAUUCAAAGUGCUUGCAAAGAAUUAUCUGAAAGUGGAAACUCAUCCCAUGUUUGAUACAAUUGAAAGGUUGAUGAAUGAGACCAAGAUCACACCAGCUGACGUUGCUGAGAAUCUCAUGCCAAAGUCUCCAUCAGACGAUGUAGAGAAAUGUCUUUCAAGUUUGAUUCAAGCUCUUGAGGAAGGUAAGGAAGAAGAAGCUAAGAAAAAAGCUGACGAAUUGAAAGAGGAGGUGGUCAAAGAAAAUGCUGAUUGAGUCCAAAGUUG